AUGAGCCAGUCCACCUUCCCUGCUGCCUGCAUCCGCUCUCCACGGACGACCGAAGCUUUUGAAUUAUACCGAAAAUCUUUAACAUCCUUUCUCCAGUGUCUCCUUCAGAUAGCAGUUGGCCUCAAAGGACCGCAAAGACCUGACGUUCUCUCCUGUCCCUGUCUUUCCUUUUCAGUGUGUGCAGGCACGGAGAACAAGCUGAGCACGCUGUCCGACCUGGAGCAACAGUACCGCACCCUGCGCAAGUACUACGAGAACUGUGAGGUGGUGAUGGGGAACCUGGAGAUCACCAGCAUCGACCGCAGCCGAGACCUCUCCUUCCUCAGAUCCAUUAGGGAAGUGACAGGCUAUGUGUUGGUGGCAUUGAACCAGUUCGACUACCUGCCCCUGGAGAACCUGCGGAUCAUCAGAGGGACCAAGCUGUACGAGGAGCGCUACGCCCUGGCCAUCUUCCUCAACUACCGCCGCGACGGAAACUUCGGCCUCCGUCAGCUGGGGCUCAAGAACCUCACAGAGAUCCUGAACGGAGGGGUGUAUGUGGAUCAGAAUAAGUUCCUGUGCCAUGCCGACACCAUCCACUGGCAAGACAUUGUCAAGAACCAGCGCCUCAGCCCUGUGGUGGUACCCACCAAUAGCAGCAUAGCCUGCCAGAAAUGUCACAGAUCCUGCAAUGGUCGCUGCUGGGGCCCAAAGGAGAACCAGUGUCAGAUCUUGACUAAGACAGUGUGUGCAGAGCAGUGUGAUGGACGUUGUUUCGGACCCUACGUUAGCGACUGCUGCCACCGUGAGUGUGCAGGUGGAUGCUUCGGACCCAAGGAUACAGACUGCUUUGCCUGCACCAACUUCAAUGACAGUGGCGCGUGUGUGACCCAGUGUCCUCAGCCCUUUGUCUACAACCCCACCACCUUCCAGCUGGAGCACAACCUCCGCGCCAAGUACACCUACGGAGCCUUCUGUGUCAAGAAGUGCCCGCACAACUUUGUGGUGGACCACAGCUCCUGUGUGCGAGCCUGCCCUAGCAACAAGAUGGAGGUCGAGGAGAAUCGCGUCAAGAUGUGCAUUCCCUGCACUGACAUCUGCCCUAAAGCUUGUGACGGAAUAGGUACAGCUAGUCUCCAAGCGGCUCAAACUGUGGACUCGAGCAACAUUGACAAGUUUGUCAACUGCACCAAGAUCAACGGCAACCUGGUCUUCCUCAUCACUGGCAUCAAAGGAGACGUUUAUCACAACAUCGAGGCUCUGGAUCCAGAGAAGCUCAACGUUUUCCGAACUGUUCGGGAGAUUACAGGCUACGUCAACAUCCAAUCCUGGCCAGAGAACAUGACCGACCUCGGUGUCUUCUCCAACCUGGCAACCAUCGGAGGGAGAGCUCUCUACAGUGGGAUCUCUCUGCUGGUCUUGAAGCAGCAGGGUAUCACCUCUCUGCAGCUGCAGUCCCUGAGUGAGAUCAGCGCAGGGAACGUCCACAUUGAAGACAACAGCCAGCUCUGCUACUACCACACUGUCAACUGGACCAGUCUGUUUCGCGCCAGCGACCAGAAGGUCCUAAUAAGAAACAACCGCAACUCCCAGGAGUGCACCAUACAGCGGAUGGUUUGUGACCCCUUAUGUUCAGACUCUGGGUGCUGGGGUCCAGGUCCAGACCAGUGCCUCUCAUGCCGCUACUUCAGCAGAGGACGCACCUGUGUGGACACUUGCAACCUGUACGAAGGGGACGUUCGGGAGUAUGCUAACAGCUCCAUGUGUGUGGAGUGUGAUGCUCAGUGUGAGAAGGCAGACGAUGACUCCCUGACCUGUCAAGGCCCGGGUCCCGACCACUGUGUGAAAUGCCUCCACUUCAAAGACGGCCCAAACUGCGUGGACAAGUGUCCUGACGGCCUGCAGGGGGCCAACAGCUUCAUCUUCAAAUACGCAGAAGCCAACGACGAGUGUCACCCCUGCCACUCGAACUGCACACAGGGGUGUACUGGUCCCAGGCUGCAAGACUGCAUUGGCUGGAUGGACAGGUACGUCAUUCAUUCAGAGGACCUCUCCUUCCUCUCGAGACACUCGCUCGCGCACACAGACAGACACACACACGUAAAUACACAGCUUGAGCACUAUCGAGACUCUGGGUUUUCUUCCCUGAGAGCUUUGACUCGGAAUCUGCAUUUUGCACAUGAAUACUUGAAGAUGUUUGCUUUGUUUCUGCUAAUGCUUUGGGGGGGGUGUGUAUGUGUGUGUGUGUGUGUGUGUGUGCGUGUGUGUGUGUGUGUGUGUGCGUGCGUGCUUUUACAGGGGAUGAUGUACCUGGAGGAGAGGAGGCUGGUCCACAGAGAUCUAGCAGCCCGUAAUGUGCUGGUCAAGUCCCCCAACCACAUCAAGAUCACAGACUUUGGCCUGGCUCGUCUGCUGGAUGUCAAUGAGAAGGAGUACAAUGCCGACGGAGGAAAGAUGCCAAUUAAAUGGAUGGCCUUGGAGUGCAUUCACUACAGGAAAUUCACCCACCAGAGCGAUGUAUGGAGCUAUGGGGUGACCAUCUGGGAGCUGAUGACGUUUGGAGGGAAGCCGUAUGAUGGGAUCUCCACCCGAGACAUCCCAGACCUGCUGGAGAAAGGAGAGCGUCUGCCUCAGCCCCCCAUCUGCACCAUAGAUGUUUACAUGGUCAUGGUCAAAUGCUGGAUGAUCGAUGCGGACAGCAGGCCUAAAUUCAAGGAGCUUGCGGCAGAGUUCUGCAGAAUGGCCCGGGACCCACAGAGAUACCUGGUCAUCCAGGGAGAUGACCGAAUGAAGCUGCCCAGCCCCAAUGACAGUAAGUUCUUCCAGAGCCUGCUGGACGAGGAGGAUCUGGAGGACCUGAUGGAUGCAGACGAGUACCUGGUGCCCCACGGCUUCAGCAUCCCCCCGCUGGCCUACACGCCCCGCCCCCGCGUCGACUCCAACAGGAACCAGUUUGUAUACCAGGAUGGUAGCUUCAGCAUGGAGAACCUGAUGGCCACCAUCCCCAGGGUCAUUUCUGUGUCCGCCGUGACGGGCUGCGCCUCUCAGGACCCGUCAGCAGGCCAAAGUAACCCUUCCGAGAGCUUCGAGGACCAGCGCUGCAACGGCACCCUGAGGAAGCAGGCUUCCCCCAGGCCAGGUCCAACUCCAGGCCCAGGCUUAGCUCCGGGCCCAGGCAUGGGCCCCGGAGCGUUGGAGGACAGCAGCGGCCAGCGCUACAGUGCAGACCCCACUCUACUCCUAGGGGAGCGGGGGGCGAAAGGGGACACAGACCAGGAUGGAUACAUGACAGCCAUGAGAGAGAAGAACAACUCAGACUAUCUCAACCCGGUGGAGGAGAACCCAUUUGUCACACGCCGCAGGAAUGGAGACAUCCACUCUAUGGAGGGCAGCUCCGUCUACCACAGCGCCCCCGGAGGGCAGCCUAGGUUAGAGGAUGAGUAUGUCAACGAGCCCCUCUACCUCAACACCUUCCACAACCCGGGCGAGACAACUCAGGAAUACCUGAAGAAGAACGGCGUCCCCGGCCCACAUCUCCCCGCGCCUGGCCCCAACGCCGGCCAAUCAGCAGCUCCUAAUCCCUCACAGGGCCUCACCCUCUCCGCCGCCCAGGCUGCCGGGUACGUGGCGCCCCCUGGCCACCCGGGCAUCUCCCUCCACCCGGCACACGCCACCCACACCCUGCACCCCGGGCACACCCUCCACCCCAGCGUCACGGGCACCAUUAUGGUGGACAAGAAGAACAAGAAGACCUUUGACAAUCCAGAGUAUUGGCAGCACAGCCUGCCCCCCAAAGCCACCCUGCACAACCCUGAGUACCUGCAAGACUGCAGCACGCGCUUCUUCUACCGGCAGAACGGCCGCAUCCGGCCCGCCGUGGCAGACAACCAGGAGUACCUGUCGGAGUUCGCCCUGAAACCCGGCACGGUGCUGCCUCCCCCACCUUACAGGCAGAGGAACACUGUCGUGUAGUGAGAGAGGGAGUAGGGACGGAGGGAAGGAGGGAGGGAGGGAGAGGGGGAGGCGAUGUGUGUAGACUGUUUUCACGGUCGAGCAGUAUUUAUCAACCCUGGUUCCCCCACACCAGCACUGGACACCUGUCUGUCUGUCAGUCUGUUUCUCUUUCUGUCUGUCUGUCUGCCUGGCUGUCGUCUUUGACACUGGAUAUAAUAUAACACAGCUGUGAGACAUCCCUCAACCAUGGACUCUUGAACAAGAGAGACACUGGUCAGCCGCAGCUGUAACGCAGCCCUUCUUCAACCAGUCCCUGCCUCCCUCCUAGCCCCCCCCUCAGUGUAGACCACCAUGACUGUCCACCUCGGGGUCAGAACCUCUCCGGUUGACUGUCCUACACCAACUGCAUCUCUCCUCUCUCCCAAGCUGAACGAGUGCCAAAAUAGUCUGAAGGUUUGCAGACGUAUGGGGACGUUUAUCUAACAUGUAUUAAUGCGUCAUGGUCUCUUUUGAUGUUCCUGGAAUUGCACAGCCACAUUCAUUGCAUACUGUAAUAUUACCACAGUGAGCCUUUCCACAGUAACUCACUUGUCACUUGAUUGGCUCUGUCAUGAAGAGCUGUUGGUGUGUACAGUGAGUACACAUCGCUGUGUUGUGACAGCCUGCCAUCUUGCGAACAUGCUAUGGCCAUCUGUCAUAUCCCUUCUUGUUUGCAUUCCAGUCUGGGGUAGUUCCCCAGUGUUUAUGAGCCUGAGCUCUCCACAUACAAAAUGGGAUUUAUACUUAUUAUUCUGCUCCUCAUAUCAGAUGUGACAUGCUUACGGGGAGGCUUGGGUUUAUUUACACACCUCGACCUUGACAGAUCAGUAACCUUGUAUUAUUUCAAUAUACUAUACAUGUUUACACACACACGCACACACACACACACACAGAGACACCUACAGAUAACUGAAGCCUAAAUUACGUUUCUCCAUUGACCUUGAGCUCAAAGCAGUUUAGAUAACAACCGUACUUGAAUAAGAAGACCAAUCUACUCGUCAAGUAAAUGUCACUGUGGUAGACAGUACAAAUGGGGCCCCCACAUGGAACAUAAAGGAUACUCAGACAGACAUUGUUAAACCCCGAGAAGAAUAGCCUCCCUUUAGAAGGUGACUCCUCAACCUCCUUAAACCCCGACACACAACUGGGUUCUGAGACCCAAAAGCAACAGGAACAAUGUUUCUCUCGGUCUGGUUUGCUCCGGAUAAGAGCGUCUGCUAAAUGACUAAAUGUUCCUCUCAUGGUGGAUGAGGGGAGGAGAACCCAAGAACCCAACAGAGUCAUGGCUGAGCAGGAGGAUAAAACCAGGAGGGUUAGGGUUAUUGAAUGAGAGGAGAGGAAGGGACUUCUGACUGGAGAAGGGCUGGAGGAUCCUGUCUGGUCCCGAGUCCAGGAGCACAAUGGGGGGAGAGGGACCAGAUGGUGGUUUCACUGUAAGGAUACUGAGGAACUGAGAUGGCAGCUGAAUCUGAAUACAAGCCCAUUUCAGACUGGAAUGAGGUAAAUAUAUGCAGUAGUGUGUGGAAUGCGAGUUUUGCUUUUUGAAGGACAUCGUGGAUGGUCCAAGAAGAGGACAGUGAUAAAUGUAAUUAAACCAACGUAAUCAUCCCGUGAAGACAUCGACAAACUAAAACUGAGACUUCAAACCAAACUGGCUCCUGAGACUAUUUGCUCCACCAAAUGUCUACAUCCCUUUCUUGUGGUUUGGACUCCAAGCGGAGAAUGAAACUGUGCCAAAAGGAUCCGUUUUCUCCACGCAGAAACGACACCCACUUCCACUUGGGAAUCACAGUUCUACAAGUGACUGCAUCACAAUGAACUAUUUUGUAUUCGUGUUUGACAAUAAUGUGGAGAUAAUCCAGGUAGACACACCCAGACACACUCGUAAACACGGAGCAUAUCUGUGGAAGGCCAGCUCCUAGGAUCUCACUGAGUACUGCGAGAUGCUUUGUUUUGUUGCUAGAUGAGGAUUACUGUCAUCUAAAGUGUAUUGUAUUGGUAUUUGUCAUUUGAUUGAUUUGAUAGCACUUGACACACUGGCACAGCCAAACAGCUAUACUGUUACUUUCAAGAGAAACCCUCUUGAUUUUGUAUUCAUGUGAGUAAUUCCUUAUCUCAUUACACAUCGAAAGACAGCAUACCCAUUGCACUUUUUUUAGUUUUUUUUGUCACAGUUUAGUCCGUGUUUGUAUAAUGAUGCACCCCACAUUGAGCACUAUUAUGUAAAUGAUCAGUGACAGCGCGAAAUGGUGUGUUAUAUAGCACUAACCACAUACAAUACUUAUCGAUGAGCACGACACAGCACAGCACUCAAUCUCUCCACCGGUCCUGACUGCCAGGGACUUCAGGAGAGGCAUAUUCGUGUUUUAGAGUUGAUACGUUUACAACUAUCUCCUCCUGUUGAUGAGACAUAACCGUCUGCCAGUUGCACGGCAACCGAUGGCAUGUAGAUCUUACUGAUGGUUAGCUAGGCUAGGCCAUGACUGGGACAAUACUACAUAGCAGGCCUGUUUAGCUAGUGGCUUCAAUGUGACCAGUAGUUCAGGCAGCUACAGUAUAGCCAGCUGGACCAGUGACCAACGAGGCGAGUAAUUGGACGGCACCAAUGUUGUCUUAGCCUAGACAGCAAUGACUUGGCUAGUAGUCGGCUGUGGCAGAUUUUAGGGCACUCCUCAUUCUUCUUUUUGGCGUUACAAUUGAAAUUCAGAUUUCAGGUGACUCAUUUGAUCUAACGUUCACCGUAUGCUAUCCAGAUAAACUGUAGAUGUGUGCAGUGGAAAGGGGCUCGCGCGACGGUGCAGCGUGAGGGAAAACUGUAGUUUCCUACUUUUUUGCACUUCUCCUGUUGGGAAGCUACUGUACCAGCUGACUGGAUGACAGGAAGGAGUACUGAAGUGCAAUGACAGUCUUGGAGUGUUGCUGAAAAGACUCAGAAUGGUUCUCUGUGGUAAUAAUAAACUCUGGUUCCAGCAGCAAGCCCCUACCCCACCAAGGGGCUUCCGGCCCUCUUCAUGCUAAUAGCUUUGCUGGGCCUCUGAGGCCUUCUCGACAGUUCUGUAGGGAAAUCAUGUCUCCUUCUGGUCCAGCCAGCACUAGGGAGAGAAAUACAGUACGACAGGCAAUAGUUAGUAAUCCUGCACAGGGUCAAAGACAUGGUAUUAGGGUUCCAGAAAUGUUAGCACAUCAAUACAUCAAUGUUACAAUAGGUUGUGGGAGGGAGGUGGGGUGGCUGGAAGGA